UUAUUUCAUGCUUACAACACAGACUGCAUUUAUAAAUACAACUCAAGCUUCCAUUACUGUCAUAACUCUAUUUUCCGAGCUUAAGAAAGGAACAGAAGAAGAUAAGAAGAAAGUAAGAAAGAAGAAGAAGAAGAUUGUAAGAUGAGAACAAGCAACCACCUGAUCGGUGUGCUAAACUUCCUAACGUUUCUGUUGUCGGUUCCGAUCCUAGGUGGUGGGAUAUGGCUGAGCAGCAGAGCGAACAACACGGACUGUCUGAAGUUCCUGCAGUGGCCGUUGAUCAUAAUCGGAGUGAGCAUCAUGGUGGUGUCGCUGGCGGGUUUCGCCGGCGCGUGUUACCGGAACACGUUUCUGAUGCGGCUGUACCUGGUGGUGAUGUUCGUGGUGAUUGCGGUGCUGAUCGGCUUCAUCAUAUUCGCGUACGUGGUGACGGACAAAGGGUCGGGUCGGAGGGUGAUGAACCGGGCGUAUUUGGAGUACAACUUGGAGGACUAUUCAGGGUGGUUGGAGGAGCGCGUGGCGAGUGAUAGCUACUGGGGGAAGAUAGGUUCGUGCAUUAGGGAUUCCAGAGUGUGUGCGAAGAUGGGGAGAACCAUUAAUGGAGUUCCUGAAACUGCUGAAAUGUUCUACGUUAGACACCUCACACCUAUUCAGUCUGGUUGCUGCAAGCCCCCCGCAGAAUGUGGUUAUGUGUAUCAGAAUGAGACUGUGUGGAACCUAGGAUCAGGAUUGAUGGGAGCCAAUGCAGAUUGCACAAGGUGGAGCAAUGAUCAAGAACAACUUUGCUAUGCCUGUAAUUCCUGCAAGGCUGGUGUGCUGGCAAGUCUGAAGAAGAGUUGGAGGAAGGUCUCAGUGAUCAACAUUGUUGUUAUGAUCCUCCUUGUCAUUGUUUACAUAGUUGCUUAUGCAGCAUAUAGGAACAACAAGAGGAUGGAUAAUGAUGAACCCUAUGGUGAAGCCAGGAUGACAAAGUCACAACCUAGUGCCUUUCAUCUUUAGUGCCAUGCCAAACAUGUCUUAGGAUUUUGAGCCUUUUUUUUCCUUUGUAACUAGGAUGUUCUAAUGGUUUUGUCUCAAACAUGAAUUUGGUUUUCAUCUUCCAAGAAUGAGUAUUUAAUUAUUAUA